GCCGAACGCAAUAACAGGGCUCUGAUUGGCGGAGAUGGCUCAUGUGAAAGGAGGUGGCCGAUCGGGUCCGAUUCUCCCGAGCGUCUCCGCCUAUGACCGUGCAGGAGUUGGUGAAUGCAGGGCAGAGUGAAGUCCUCCACCACUACGUCCAUGCAGUCCCUCGUCGCCCGCUCUGCUCUCCUUCGCUCGACGCCAGCGCGCGCGUCGUCCUUGCGCACCUUCGCAUCGUCGGCGGCGAGGUCACAGGCUGUUCCAACAGAGAAACCUGUCAAACCAAAGGAGUUCAAGAUCUAUCGUUGGAACCCCGAUGAACCAGCAAAGAAACCCACUUUGCAGAGCUAUAAUAUCGACUUGAACCAAUGCGGUCCUAUGAUCUUGGAUGCACUCAUCAAGAUCAAGAACGAGAUGGACCCGACUUUGACGUUCCGACGUUCUUGCCGUGAGGGCAUUUGCGGCUCAUGUGCCAUGAACAUCAACGGACAAAAUACACUUGCUUGCCUAUGCAGAAUCGACAGAGAGUCUCCCAAGGAUACCAAGAUUUACCCUCUCCCUCACAUGUAUAUUGUCAAGGACCUCGUGCCUGAUUUGACACACUUUUACAAGCAAUACAAGUCCAUUGAGCCUUUCCUCAAGAACGACAACCCACCCUCAGACCGCGAGUUCUUGCAGUCACCGGAAGACCGACGCAAGCUUGAUGGAAUGUACGAGUGCAUUCUUUGUGCAUGCUGCUCAACGUCUUGCCCGAGUUAUUGGUGGAACCAAGAUGAAUACCUCGGUCCAGCAACACUCAUGGCAGCCUACCGAUGGAUAGCGGACUCUCGGGACGGUUACGGCGCUCAGCGUAAGGAGAAGCUUCAAAACGAGCUCAGCUUGUACCGUUGCCACACCAUCUUCAAUUGCGCACGAACAUGUCCAAAGGGUCUUAACCCGGCUAUGGCGAUUGCCAAGCUCAAGCUGGAGCUUGCUGCUGAUUAGAGCUUUGCGGCUUUGCAUGUGGCGGCAGAGGGUAUGAUGGUGGACGUUGCCUGAUGCUGCUUUUUGGUAGGAAGCGAGUCGAGUCUGGUCUUGGAUCCCUGCACGCUUUUUCUGUACAGCUACGUAGUUUGUUGUCUUUCCCAGGAAAAUCAUAAUUCACGUCGUUAGUCUUGUAUGGGUGGAUGCGCACGUUGCCUUUCAUGCAGGUUGUGAGCAGACUUUGUCAUUGGCCAGCAACCAGGCUUUGCACUCUCUUCCAAUGCACCCAUUAUCAGCA